CCACCACCAUCACCAUUCACCACCACCACCAUCACCAUUCACCACCACCACCAUCACCAUUCACCACCACCACCAUCACCAUUCACCACCACCACCAUCACCAUUCACCACCACGCAGUCUCCUGGCACGUGGUUCCUCACCAAGAUGGGCUCCAUCCUGGUCAAGAUGUUUCUGCCCACGAUCAGCGGCCUCGCGUUCCUGCCCACCGUCAGCAUCGCCGCCAAGCGCCGCUUCCACAUCGAGGCCAUGGUCUACUUCUUCACCAUGUUCUUCAUCACGUGCUACCACGUCUGCGACGGACUGGGCUUCCUCUCCAUAUGCAUCAUGCGCUCCGAGCUGCUCGAGUACUUCAGCGUGUACGGCAUCGCGCUCUCCAUCUGGGUCACGCUCAUUGCCCUAGGAGAAUUCGAGGAGCCGCAGCGGCUCGCCGUGGUGAUGGCGGGCGUGCUGGGCAUCGCCGUGCGCGUCAGCGAGGACAGCUGGGGCACGGGCGUCUACGCGGGGCCCAUCGUGGCCGCCCUGCUGCUGCUGGCACUCAAACACACGAGGAAGAUGAUCGAGCUGAGGGCGUUCCUCCCUUCCCGCAAGGUCUACACGCACCACCUGGGCCCGGGGAUCUGCUUCCUCGUGCUCGCCUUCACUCUGCGCUUCUAUUUCCAGGAGUGGGACUACCCGUACGUGCACAGCUUCUUCCACUGCUGCCUGUCUGCGGCGUGCGUCAUCCUGCUGCCGCGCACCAGCAGUAGCAGCGUCGCGCAGGGCAACCAGCAGCCGGACAAGUUGAGCUGCUACACGCUCUGCUGCUGCGUGUGACGGGGCCGCGCGCGCGCCGCCGCCCUCGCUGGGGAGCAGUGGCGCAGCGGUUACUCACAAACUAGACUGUGAACUUCUUUUUAGAUCAGGCAAAGCUCUCCGUGCAGCUCUUUGUCGGUGAGCGACCUGGCUAUCGCCGAUGAUAGCUCAACGACGUGGGAUUAUCACCGUGUUGGACAUUUAUAGCGGACAAACACUCUCCGAACGCCUGAUGUUGAUUCUAAAUGUGGAGUGAAAAAAAACCGGAGGACCCGGAGAUAAAAUCCACGCGGUCACGGGGAGAGAGACACUCAGACUCCACAUAUACAGCAGCAGGCGUCAGGGUCGGUAUCGAACCCACGACCUCCUGCGCACCAGGCGAGGUAGUUAGCAUCUCCAAGCCACCGUGAUGAUGAGAGACACGCAAACUCCACAUAUAUAGCAGGCGUCAGGGUCGGGAUCGAACCCACGACCUCCUGCGCACCAGGCGAGGUAGUUAACAUCUCCUAGUCACCGUGAUGAUGAGAGAGAGACACGCAGACUCCACAUAUACAGCAGGCGUCAGGGUCGGGAUCGAACCCACGACCUCUUGCGCACCAGGUGAGGUAGUUAACAUCUCCAAGCCACCGCGUGACCCGAGUUCGAUUUCCGCCAACACCGGUGACGAAUAUCUGAACCGGUCCUGGGCAUCCCCUAGAUCGAAUCAGCCUCAAAUAAACACCUGGUGCGUUGUGUAAACAUCGCCACUGGGGAGACAAAGCAACGGUAAUGUCACCACGGCGCUUGUGCCAUGCUAGGUGCAUGUUGAGGCCACGUGAAGUGUAGAAGGCUUCCUGCUGGUAGGAGGUCAUAGGACAGACCCAGGUGCCAUGGGUUGACUGAGACGACAAACAGAAGCACCUACUGUGCUCCCCCACUGUGCCAACCUGCUGCGUUUUAGCCGCUUGGUACUCCGCUCAUUGUUGUGAGUCGCGCCCUUCACGAGCCUCCUCCAUAGAGGCCGAUCUUGACACCGCUGGUACCAGUCAUCGGCAAGUCCACUCAGUUCCAUAUCCUCUUGUGCCACAUCAGCCCAUCUGAUAUGUGCCGUGUCCGUUUUGCUCCUUAUAUCCAGCCAAACAGAAGCUCCAUGAACAUGCGGUGACCGCAGGAACUCACCAAUAGGACUGCGUCCAGAUCUUUCAAGGGUCUGUGAGCUCCUCACACAAUCCAGUCGAUUAAACCUAGGAUGGGUCGUAAGCAGGUCAGCCUAAAUGUUUCAAACCGGCACAGAUGUUCCUUUAAAGGGCUCCACCGUUCACAAGUAUAGAACAAGGGAGGGCAUACGUGUGGUCGAGAAGACCCGGAGUUUCAAAUGGAGCGACAGGCCUGGUAGUUUCCACUGCUCCACUGAUUUGGAGUGAGACCUCUGCUACCCAAACGCAGCUCAUCAUCAGCGCGCUCCCCAGCUACAGAAACUGGUCAACGUUGUCAACAACUGCCCCACCGCUCACGGUGAAUGGAGAAGUGAAGUUUUUUAUGAUAUAAAAUUCUCAGGCAGGUGCUUUGUGUUUGUUAGGCUGAUGCCAUCCCCCCCCCCCCCCCCCCCCAUCGCUUACCAUCACACUGCUGGGUCAGCAGCAGCAGCAGCAGCAGCAGCAGCAGCAGCAGCAGCAGCAGCAGCAGCAGCAGCAGCAGCAGCAGCAGCAGCAGCAGCAGCAGCAGCAGCAGCAGCAGCAGCAGCAGCAGCAGCAGGGUCGAACAACUACUUCUCAGACUGAGCAGAAAUGACCGGAUAAUCAUAUGAAAAAAUAAGAAUAGGUUUUAAACUUUCUGCCAAUUAAACAGGAGUUGUGUUAAGAUGUUAAAACACCAAAUCAAGUACUGCAUUAACCACACACGGUACAUGUGGUGAACACGCAACACAAGUUAUUUGAGUCUUUCGGUAAAGCCACGUAGAAAAAAGUGUAUUAUUUUAGAUAGAAAAAUAAUAUAAAUAAAAUUUUAUUAUUUGUAUAUCUACGUGGCUUUACCGAAAGACCCAAAGAACAUGAAUUCCUGCAGUCACGAAAGCUUGAAGUCAAGAUGCAAUGCAUGUUCGGAUGAAUGUGUGCAUUGCCUUUGAAACCGAUUGGUCAACUCUGUUUGCCUUUUGGCGUUGGUCUCUGGUCUGACACCGGUGGUGAGACGAGGCCCUGAAGAAGGCGGCUGUCUCUGCUGUGGUCAUUUAUUACCAUCAGAGCAUGUGUGUGUGCAUACUCACCACAAGCACUUGCGGUUAAUGCAGACUUGGACAUCUUAACAUCCACUGUUUUAUUGCCAUAAAGGGUUAAACAUAUUCUUAUUUUUUCAUACUUUGAUACUGGCAAAAAAGUUCAAUUUUUAACCAGAUCAUCAGCAUGCAUCCCACCAGCACCACCACCCUCAUCAGCAUCAUCAGCAUCAUCAAUGUGAGGUGACGUUUGGUCUUCACCUCCACAUGGUGUCCCAUUGCAUGGAUAUUCUAAACCGCUGUCGGCAACGUCAUCCCACGUAUCAUGAUCACGUGAUUGUGUUAAUUACUUAUUCGACGCAAUUGAUGUUGUUGCAAUUGCUUAUGUUGAUGUUGGUGUUACAAUCGCCGUUAUUGUUGUU